UGCGCAAGGGACAUCAGCUACAUCACAUUGUAUCACACAUCAACGGAACGCUGUUAAUGUAUUACGACAUCAAGCUGCUUGACCAAGCGCCUUCCGACUAUGAAAAAACAUUGCUUGAACAAUACGCAACCAAACAUGGAGAAACGUAUAACGAAGGAUGGCUAAAUGAUAAGAUAAUAAACAAUUUUCUAAUCGACGUACAAAGAAAAUCUCAGGGUACCAAUCGUGUAGCAGUCAUGAGCAGCUUCAUGUACACAAAACUAUGUAAAUAUGGCGUCCAUUCCAUAACGAAAUGGAUUCAAAAGAACCCAUUCUUUAAAGCAGACCUGUGCUUCAUACCAAUAAAUUUGGACAAUAAUCACUGGAGUCUUGGGGUAGUGGACUUUACUUCAUGUACCAUAUUUCUUUAUGACCCUAUGGCUAUGGCGAUGUUAAGAGAAGAGAGAAGCUUCCACAAAAAAAUUAGAUUACUGAUAGCACACCUUCAAGCAAUAUGCCCAGAAAUGAGUCCACCAGAUGUUAAAUAUUUUGAUAACUCCACAAAAUUUGAGCCCAGACAACUUGAUGGAAGUUCAUGUGGGGUUUUGUAUGCAUGGUAG